GCAUUUCAUUUCAUAAAACAAAGCAUGCCUUUUAUUGUCAUACCGAUAGUACCAUAUUUUAAAUCAAUAUAUAGCUUUUAGUAUUAAAUAUAAACUAUAGCAAUGCUGCGUCUCAUAGUUCCUUUAAUCUUAAUCGAUUUGGCGACCUCAAAAUUGGCAUCGAGAGCAUAUACUACUGAACUGGUUUCACCUCAGUGUGUGAAUUGCGAAAGCAUUCAAUCGAAAUGUACUGUCUAUAGAGAAGGAUAUUUCUGCGCUCAUCACGAAGAUAAAGCUAUAAUACAAAAAAGCCAUAUAUAUAGUAUGGACAGAACUAGGAAUGAACUGGACUCCUGUGUGCCGCCGGGCUACAACAUUACUGGUCCCAUUAUGGAUUAUUGUUGCAUAUGGACGCCAGAAAAGGGCUGCCAGCAAGUGGCAGGACACUUGUAUCAAAACCACUCGGAUUGGGAGGAGACCUGCGAUAUCUGCCUGAAAUCCUGCGCCUGCUCGGAGUUUCGUAGCAUUUCGAUUGGAGUCCGUAUAACUUCGUCCAUGUCAUGGAUGUUUCUGGUUGUAGUCGUGAUGCUUCUCUGUUACUGAAUCUUUAGCGGCACAUGGCUGGUGAAUCGGUGCUUUGCAUAUCGAAGGAAAUUCAAUAACGUUGCCUGCAUGAGGGAAUUUCAAGUGCCUGGGCGGCGACCGUAAAACCGAGUGGCCAUUGCACUAAGCCAGGGCACAUACAAAUCAAGUCAACAAUGGCUCCGCCACAGUCCCCGAGCGUCACAGCACACAUGAA